AUGGAAGAAGCAGGGGCUCUAGAGGAUGUGCAGACCAGGUACUGGAGGUGGGUGUUGGGUUUGGCCAGGAAGACUCCAGGAUAUAUAGUCACAGAAGAAAUGAAGGUAGAUAAGGUGAGGGUGGAGGCGGACAAUUUAGACAAUUCAACAGUGACAAGUUUAAAACGACAAGUUAAUAUUUUCCCAGGAAAUCCUUUUUUUAACGAACCAAUUCCGGAUUUAGAUCUUCCCGAUGUAUUACCAACAUUGGACUUGGAACCGAAAAGUAAUCGAACGAAAAUUAAUAUUCGAAUAAAUAAAAACGAUUUAGCUGGAACAAAUAUAACGAAACUAAUUGAGCAAAUCGAGGAAUUUAUCGCCAAUCAAACGAAAUUUGCUAAACAAGAAGUUGACGAAGAUAAUAGUAAUGAUGGAGAAGAAAUUUCUGAUGAAGAACCGGAAACUAACGCCGAACAAGAAGAUGAUGAAGAAAGCGAAGAAGAGGAAAGCAACGAAAGUGAAGAAACAGAUUUUGUUCAAGGAUUAAUUAAAUCAUUUUUGGGACAAUUAAGUACACCUGAAGGUGGAGUAGAUGUUGACGCAAUUGUCGGCCUAAUAGGUGGAUUAAGUGUGCCUAAAGAUGACGGAACUUACGACUUCUCCGGACUUACAGAAACAUUACAAAGCUUUUUAGACCCUGGAGAAGAUGGAAUGGGAUCAGACGUAGGAGCAUUUCUUGGAGGUUUAGUUGGAGCAUUUAUUCAAGGAGUAGCAAGGCCACCUGGAGCAAAAGGAUCCGGAAUAUUGGCUGGCAACCUAGUGGCACAAAUCCUACCUGCAUUAAGUGCUCCGGCGCCAAUGGGUGAAGCAACUGAGCAACCUCCAAAGCAACCGAAUUUAGAUAUUGGAAGUUUCUUAGGGGGAUUUAUUAAAACAUUUUUAGGGGCAAGUGGAAAUAAUAAUAAUAAUAAUGGAAAUGGUCAA